UAGACUGUAGUCAUCACGAGAUACGUCCACCAUGUGCCAGCAGGCACCAGAUGCACCGUGCAGACAAGCAGUGCUAACAAGCGCAAACACUAUGCGCUGAUAUCAUGCCGCCAUGUCUUUUUGUGGCUGCCCCUCCAUCAUCAUUGCCCCACGUUCGAGUUUUUGCCCAACUGCAGCUUUUGUCUUCACAUACCUACACAACCACCAAGCAAAUCCCGACGAACAAACACACAUUCGCCAUGGAUCCCCUCGACAACAUGGCCGGCGCCCCCGUGCCUAAGAACUUUGACGCCGAGAACGCCCAGAACAACGAAGACAUCGAGAAGCAAUUCGCCGUCAAGGUCGUCCAGCACAUGCAGACCUACUGGUCCAUCCUCGAGCGCGUCAAGGGCUCAUCCCUCCGCCUGACAAAGAUCGACGACGAGAUCAUGGAGCACCUCAAGACCGACUUCCCCGAGUUCGACCCCGCCGCAAAGGUCGACGAGGACGAGAUGAAGAGCAAGGCCGGCAAGGAGCGCUGGCGAAAGUUCAUGAUGGCGUAUGAGAAGAAGGUCGACGAUUAUAACUUUGGUACCAUGGUGCGCGAUAGACCCGACGUCGAGUAUGAGGAGGAUACCACGAUCUUUGUGCCUCGUAUGCAGUUUUACGCUCUUGAGAUUGCACGAAACCGUGCUGGUCUUAACGACUGGAUCUACGAGCAGGCUCAGGCUCAGAAGAACAAGUCCAAGUAAUCGAAGACAUGAGAACGAAAAAUAAACAACAGCAGCUCUCUGAAGUGAGCCAUGCAUACGUCCACGGCUUCGGGCCUCGAGCCCACAUGAACCCUUGCAGGACAGGGAACAACCUGAGUGAGCGAGGGCGAUACAAGGCGCCAAUGAUCUAUUCAAAUCAUGAUCACGAACGUACGAUCCAAAUGGAAUAUUCCUUGAUACCCUUAGAAAUACAUGGCAUCAAAGUUGGGCUCCAUCAUGGUUUUACCCACCCAAGUGCUCACCUUAGGGUAGGCAGCUUGGAAAUGAAAAGUUGGCAAUUUGCACUUGAACGGCCUAGAAUGAAUGACAUUACAACGUGAAUCAAAAUUGGUAUCUACUUCACCAUCUGCCUGGGAUUUAAAUGCAUUAAAUCAGAGAGGUUGUUGGGAAACUCGGAGCAUGCAAAACUCUGUGUCUGACAACACAUUAAUGCCAGAACCAAGACGCAGUUUUCACCCCACGGCUUCUCAAUUCAAGCAUAGUUUAGUUAUGCAUCAUUACAUCAAAGCCGUAACUUCUGCUUCAAACAUCGAAAUUGACUGCAGUGAGUGUCAUCUCAUUUCCAUUCUCAAGAUAACAUUACACCUUGAGGAACUCAUCAAUGUCCACCCUCUGAAAGUAGUUUAUAUGUCCAAACCCAACCCAGUGCUGCGCAAGCCGAUCGUGACUGACGAAUAUAAGUUGGCUCUCAAUAUAUCGGUCUGUUUUCGUCAGUGCAAGCUCAUUUCGAGGCCUCGACUCGGUGAAACAAGGGGGCUUACCUGAGGCGAAUCCGGUAUUUGCAAUAUGUCCUUUGCUGUGAACUGCUCUCAUUCCCUGGAAGCAGGAAUCUACCGGUGGGCCCUCGACGACACCAUCGGGUCCAAUGUCAUCAGCUACAAACGUGAUUUCACCCCGCGGAACAUUGGGAUCACCGGUUAAUUUAAUAGCCUCCAACCGUCCCUGAAACGUCCGUCCUUCAGUCCGUCUCGCCUCCCACUCUUCAUUAGUCUCGGAAUCUCGUCUCACAAGACCAAGUUCUUCAUCCGUAGCGCUCGUCUCAUCGUUAGGUUGAUGUAUAAGCAAGAACUCGCAUCCAUGGGUACUGUAAUCGCCAACCCAAAUCCCCCUCCACGGUUUUAGCACAGUCGGCGUGUAUAACUUCGGAUCGAGGGUGGAGUACGUGAUGAGCUCCUCGCCGACGUGAACGUUGGGCAUUCCGCCGUCGACUGCGGUGCGUGAUAAUCUUAGCAUAU